UCGUGUGUUCAGUUUGUGAGUGGAUUUCGUGCGGUGCGGUUCGGUUGAGUUGUGUACGGUCCGGGAGUGCGUUUCUUGAAACUGUAAAAAAGUAGUGAGCAGUAGUCCCAUCAGGGAGGAAGGAAAAUAUUUUCAUAGCGAAGGGGCGAGAAAAAGAAGAAAAUCUUGCAUAAGUUUUCGCGUCUGGAAAACCCGUUUCCGGGUGGACUCCGUGUUGAUUGCCGAGGAUUCAGUGCAACGAAGCUCGCAACAUCGAAAUUGUGCACGGUUGAUGAUCUUUUCGUUCGUCUGAGUGGCGUUUGCGGAAUCAAUCGUCGAAUCCAACCCACUAUUGUUCUGGAUUAUGUGCUGUGUGUAGACAAGGUGGUACCACAGGAGAAGAAAUCGUAAAAUAAGCACGUGAAUAAUUGCGCGACCGACCACCAUCGAAACCAGUUAGUAAAGUUGUUCAACAGGAGAAGCAAGAAGAGAAGAGAAUAAAAGUCGAUCUGCGUGAAAUCGAAUCAGUGCAAGUGCUUUGUGUGCCGGACUUUCUCCUGAAAAAUCGACGCAGUGAGAAAAGAGCGAAUAUAGGUCUGAAGGAAGUGAGCAAGCAAAAAUCAUAAUAAAAAUCUUUUCACUCUUACUGCAAACAAUUAUCCUAUCAACAACGAUUGCUCUGUUUGGGGUCUUGUGUGUACGUAAAAGUUCGGCGUUCGCGCGUCUCUGCGCCCGUCCCAGUCGGCCGGAAGUGCAAAAACCAAGAUUGUGUGGCGCCGUGGUGGUGUUUGUCGAAAAAGUGAAAAAGUAGCCCACUGCUCCUAUAACGAGCAGCCAAUUUCAUGAGUUUCAAGUGAAUUACCAUCCUACUGUUGUGUUGCGUUGUGUCGUGCCGGAGACGUCGUCCGUAAGCAUCCUAACAAACAGGUCAGGCUUACAGCGGCAUCUCGCACGCAGCAGAAUCUGGACAAGCUGGAAGCGAUUUGAGCAGACGAACACCACAAAUACGGCACAUCACAGCGGAGCAAACGUUCUUCGCACCCAGUCAAGAUGGGUGACGUAGAUCCAGAAACGCUGUUAGAAUGGCUUUCUAUGGGCCAGGGAGACGAACGGGACAUGCAGUUGAUUGCCCUGGAGCAACUAUGUAUGCUUCUGUUGAUGUCCGACAACGUUGAUCGUUGUUUCGAAAGUUGUCCCCCCAGAACGUUUCUACCAGCGCUGUGUAAAAUAUUUCUAGAUGAGCUAGCGCCAGAAAAUGUCCUAGAAGUGACAGCACGUGCCAUCACCUACUACCUAGACGUAUCGUCCGAGUGCACACGUCGCAUCGUAGCGAUAGAUGGGGCGAUCAAAGCCAUCUGCAACCGGUUGGUGGUGGCCGAUCUCGAAAGCAGAACUAGUCGUGAUCUAGCGGAGCAGUGCAUCAAAGUGCUUGAACUGAUAUGCACUCGGGAAGCUGGGGCAGUGUUCGAGGGCGGUGGACUGAAUUGUGUGCUGUCGUUCAUCCGAGAUAAUGGGUCACAAAUCCACAAGGACACACUACAUUCGGCGAUGGCCGUGGUGUCUAGGUUGUGUACCAAAGUGGAACCACAAGGUGCCAAUGUACAAACUUGUGUAGAAAGCCUAAGUACCCUGCUGCAGCACGAAGAUCCACUGGUAGCUGACGGUGCACUGAAAUGUUUCGCUUCUGUAGCAGAUCGGUUCACCAGGAAAGGAGUUGAUCCUGCCCCACUUGCGGAGUACGGAUUAGUCACGGAGCUGUUGAAUCGGCUCAGCAAUGCGGCAGGACCACAGGCAUCAGCCUCGGCAGCUGGUGCUAGUUCAAACGCAACACCUGCUGCGCAGGUUAACAGCCAAGAGACUACUACAGGAACAGUACAGCUCUCGUCAUCGGCACCGAAAACGCAAGGAGCUGCGGAAGCAGGUCGAUCGAGUCAAUCGAUUGCCACAACCAUAUCUCUGCUAUCUACCUUAUGCCGAGGAUCACCAUCGAUCACACAUGAUCUCCUCCGAUCCAAUCUACCAGAUGCUAUGGAACGAGCCUUCAAAGGUGAUGAACGAUGUGUUCUCGACUGUAUGAGGCUUGCCGAUCUGAUCUUGCUACUGCUGUUCGAAGGUCGACAAGCUCUUGGCAGGGUGGGCGGAUCCAGUGGUCAACUAGCUCCCCGUGUGCGAAGAGCAGACUCUAGUACGGAGCGAACACAUCGACAGUUGAUCGAUUGCAUACGUAGUAAGGACACCGAAGCCCUAAUCGAAGCUAUCGAGUCGGGUGGAAUCGAUGUCAACUGCAUGGACGAUGUCGGUCAAACGUUACUUAACUGGGCUUCGGCCUUUGGUACAUUAGAAAUGGUAGAGUUUUUAUGUGAUAAAGGUGCUGACGUCAACAAGGGCCAGCGAAGUUCCUCUCUGCAUUAUGCGGCCUGCUUUGGACGGCCCGGUAUUGCCAAAGUGCUGCUCAAACACGGUGCCAAUCCGGACCUGCGGGAUGAAGAUGGCAAAACCCCGCUGGAUAAGGCUCGCGAACGACCGGACGAGGGCCAUCGGGAAGUUGCGUCCAUUCUGCAGUCGCCUGGUGAAUGGAUGACCGCGGCAACACGAUCGGACUUGAAAACCGAUCCCGAGGACGGCGAAAGUGAGCCCCGGGGAGAUCCGGAGAUGGCACCCGUCUAUCUUAAGUUCUUUCUACCAAUUUUCUGCAAAACGUUCCAAAGCACAAUGCUAGCCAGCGUUCGACGGUCUAGCUUAGGUCUCAUAAAGAAAAUGAUUCAAUAUGUCCAGCCGGAGAUGCUGUCGAGGCUUUGCUCCUCCGAAGGCCUUCAAAGUCAUGAACUGAGCCUCGGAACGUUACUAGUCGAAGUCGUCGCCAGUGUUCUAGACAAUGAGAUAAGCUACAGCUGGCCGUCACAGCCAUCAACACCAUCUCUACUGCCCUUAACCGUUUCCUCCUCUUCUACCAAUACUACUAGUAGUAGCAAUAGUAUUCUAGCCAAAUAUAGUUGCGCUGACCGAGUAAGCAAGUACGUCCAGAACCUGCGGCAGCAACAACAUCAACAGCAGCAACCACCGGAGCGGCGUCGUAACUCUAGUUCCUACAUAAUUCCACCGCCGCCACCGAUGCUCCCGCUGACCCCGUCUCAGGUCGGCCAAAGUCCGCAUCCUCGGAACGGCAACAACAACAACAACAAAAGCAAUAACAACAACAGCAAUGACAAACAACGCUGUUGUCGAAGCAAUUGGUCCGAUCUUAGCAUUGCGGACGACGAAGAUGGCCAUCUAGUGGUGCUUACCAUUAUCGAGGAGCUCAUGUCCAAGACGCAGGAUGACUUCCUCGAUCACUUUGCCCGGCUCGGAGUGUUCUCCAAAGUGCAGUCUCUCAUGGGAGAGAACGGCUUCGCUGGCGAAGGAGACAACAAUGAUGUGAUCAAAUCUCAAGACGAGUCCAAAACAGUCACCGCGCAAGAUGCCUCGGUCGUCUCUACUUCUGGAAGCUCCAGCUCUGGUGCUGCCACUACGAAUACGGUGGAAGAUGCCAAAGAAAUCCUUCCCGGGAAGGCGUACCACUGGCGAGAUUGGAGUAUCUGUCGGGGUCGCGAUUGCUUGUACGUGUGGUCAGAUUCGGCCGCACUGGAGCUUUCCAAUGGAUCCAAUGGAUGGUUCCGGUUCAUCUUGGAUGGAAAACUGGCCACCAUGUACUCUAGUGGUAGCCCGGAGAAUGGUAGCGAUAGUUCAGGCAAGGGAAGGACAGCGGAUUCUUUAGCCGGCGAAGAAAACCGGGGUGAAUUCCUAGAGAAAUUGCAACGAGCUCGUGGAGCAGUGCGACAGGGAACUCCGUCCCAGCCGAUCCUAUCGUCGCCGAGCCUUUCGCGGAUCGUUGUUGGCAACUGGGUGCUGCAGAGUCAGAAAGAACAUCAGCUACAUAUCAACAACUCGGAGGGCCACCAGGUAACGAUACUGCAGGACGAACUACCUGGAUUCAUUUUCGAAAGCAACCGUGGAACCAAGCAUACUUUCACGGCGGAAACCACUCUUGGACCGGACUUCGCCGCCGGAUGGAUCAACACCAAGAAGAAGAAGAUGCGUUCCAAGGCAGAGGCACAGAAGUAUCAGGUGAAGAACAUUGCCCGUGAUCUGUACAACCGAUACUUCAAAGCAGCGCAAGCCGUACCCCGAGGAGCCGUGGCUAAACUGUGUACCAUCGUGCGACAAAUUGAAGCCGCCCUGGAGGAACAGUGUGCCCCGAAAGCGUCCAGUCUGCUACAGGUGCGAAAUCAACAGCAACAGCAGUUGGACGGUUCCAAAGCAAACAGCACAUGGCAGGAGAAGCUGUACAACGCACUACACGAUCUGGUUCAGCUGUUGAACGACGACGGGGUAAUUAGUGCCUACGAGAUGCACAGCUCAGGGCUGGUGCAAUCGUUGGUGGCGGUGCUCUCUCGGAACUACUGGGAGCUGGAAAUGAACAGGAGUAAGGCGAACAAGUACCAAAAACAGCGGAUAUCGAUCUUCAAGAAGUGUAUGUACGGCGACACCAAAAAUGGGAAAAAUACGGCCAGCAUCCUAGUGCAGAAGUUGGUAUCGGUGUUGGAAAGCAUCGAGAAGCUUCCGGUGCAUAUGUACGACUCACCAGGCGGUAGCUAUGGGUUGCAGAUUCUCACGAAACGGCUGAGCUUCCGACUGGAAAGAGCCGCUUGCGAGCAGACAUUGUUCGAUCGGACCGGAAGGAAUUUGAAAAUGGAACCGCUGGCAACGGUUGGCCAGUUGAACAAGUAUCUUCUGAAGAUGGUAGCUAAGCAGUGGUAUGAUAUGGAUCGGUCAUCCUUCUUGUUCUUGAAAAAGCUGAAAGAAGCAAAGUCGGGAAGUAUGCAGUUCAAACACCAGCACGACUUUGAUGAGAAUGGUAUUGUGUACUACAUCGGAACAAACGGCAAGACCACGGAAUGGGUGAAUCCGGCUCAGUACGGGUUGGUUACUGUCACGAGCAGCGAAGGUAAGCAACUUCCGUACGGUAAACUGGAGGACAUCCUGUCCAGAGAUAGCGUUAGCGUGAACUGUCACACCAAGGACAAUAAGAAAUCUUGGUUCGCCAUCGAUUUGGGGAUGUUUGUCAUUCCGACAGCUUACACAUUGCGACAUGCCCGGGGCUACGGACGUUCCGCUUUACGGAACUGGAUGUUCCAGAUGUCCAAGGACGGCAUAAACUGGGUGACCAUGCUAACCCAUUCGGAUGACAAAAGUUUGGCCGAACCCGGAAGUACAUGCACGUGGCCAAUCGAGUGCUCCGCUGAUGAACUGCAGGGAUGGCGUCACGUCAGAAUUCACCAGAAUGGACGGAAUGCCUCCGGACAGACACAUUAUCUAAGCUUGAGCGGGUUUGAAAUCUACGGAAAGGUUGUUUCCGUUUGUGACGAUAUGGGAAAAGCUGCCGCCAAGGAGAAUGAAGCCCGGCUACGGAAGGAACGACGACAGAUCCGGACCCAGUUGAAGUACAUCACUCAAGGGGCUCGCGUAGUACGGGGAGUUGAUUGGCAUUGGGAUGAUCAGGAUGGAAAUCCUCCUGGGGAAGGUACCGUAACGGGAGAGAUUCAUAACGGAUGGAUCGACGUAAAAUGGGACCAUGGCUUGAGGAACUCCUAUCGUAUGGGUGCCGAAGGCAAAUACGAUCUAAAAUUGUCAAACAGUGAAAAUCUCACUGCUCCUUACGAGUUGAACAACUCUGGUGCUGGUCUCGUUCCUAUGAAUACCGUAUCAGUUUCCACGGGAAAGAAAGUCUAUGACAAAUCGUUGAAUGUUCUCACAAGCCGCAAAUCGAGUUCUACUCCAAGCCUUCCGGAAGCAACGGAAAACAAGUCAUCGGUAGCCUCAACAGAGCAAGCGACUUCCGUCGAUAACCUCGCCUGGAAGCAAGCAGUGGAAGUGAUUGCCGAAAAUGUGCUCUCUUGUGCGCGAUCUGAUUUGGCCAACACGAGUGGAGGAAGCAGCAGCAACGACUUGUCCGCUCCCGGCACCAACAAUAACAAUCUGAACAACCAGGAAGUAUCGGUGAUUGUCCACUCGUUGGGCGAGCGAGGAAACAUUCCUGAUCUGUCGCAAAUCAAUACAAGCACUUCGACUCUAGUUUCGGAUUUGGCCACCAUCACUGAGAAUCUGACACUCUCGGAUAACAUUAAAAACAGCACCGUCAGUGGCACCCAGUUUGUGAGCAAUUUCGGAACUCAACUCGCAGCCUGUUCGUCAUCCUCUUCAUCGGAAGACAACAACAAAACUAACAACAUCAAUGAAACAAACAACAAAAUCAAUUUGAACAACAGCAGUAGCAGUAGUUCGGGUAAGACAGCUUAUCUUCCGACUAAGCUGGAUGUUCUGGACAAGAUGAGGGAAGGCGUUGAUAUGCUUCGGAACAAUACCAACAAUCUGCUUUCAUCGGAGCUGCUUACCCAAUCCAACCUUCUUUCAUCGGUGAAGAUCGCCCUUCCGACGCCGCAACAACCGCCACAAACCGGAACAGCUCCGGUGGGAACCUUCUUUGUGGCCAGCUCAAGCACCAGUAGCACUAGCACUCUUCCUAUGAGUGACAAAAUCGUCGGAGACGUUAAAUUCAACAAUACCAUCAAUAACAACGCCGCAGCAUCCGGUGGCGUAACGAAGAAAGUUCUCAACGAGGUUAAGCAGCAAGAACCGGACGAUCGCGACAUGGCUAAUAACCUAAAGAACAACACCGCGAUUGCCGUCGAUUCAGAAGGUAGUGCAUCAGCCGGAAGUUCCAAGGAAUCUACUGGACCAAAUCCGGAUUCACCGGUCUCCGUCAAUCCGAUGAGUGUGAGCGUUCCAAAUCUGACAAGUAAUGAGAACAAUGUUCCACAGGAAGUCCAAACUCCGCCGGGAUUGUUGGAAACGUUUGCAGCUAUCGCUCGGAGACGUACUUCUGGAAGUUCCGUGUCCCACCAGGUGCAGUCCAGCUCAAAUGCAUCGGCCGCUUCGUCGGGAAGCAACAAUGCUCAACCUAACAACAACCAGCUGAGCAGUCUGCAGGCGGCCAACUCGGGCUUCUUCCCGCGGGGACAAAAUUCCGUUACUAGUCUGGUCAAGCUGGCCCUUUCGAGCAACUUCCACAGUGGACUGUUGAGUACCGCACAAAGCUAUCCUAGUCUCUCAAGUUCUUCGAAUAAUUCGAAUUCGGCAGCGGUUAGUGGAGGAGCAAAUAACGCUUCAGGUGGAAACGCGGGAUCGGUUCAGAGCGGAAAUGUGCAAGCCGUAUUGAAUCCGGCACUCACGAUGAGUCUUACUUCUACCAGUAGUGAUAGUGAACAGGUUUCCUUGGAAGAUUUCCUGGAGCAGUGCAGGGCACCAACAUUGCUUGGAGAUUUGGAUGACGAUGAAGACAUGGAGGAUGAGAACGAUGACGAUGAAAAUGAGGAUGAAUACGAAGAAGUCGGAAAUACCUUGCUUCAGGUGAUGGUUUCUCGAAAUUUACUCUCCUUCAUGGAUGAGGAGACCUUGGAGAACCGAUUAGCCGCGGCAGGGAAGCGCAAAUCGUGGGAUGAUGAAUUCGUUUUGAAACGACAGUUUUCGGCACUCAUUCCUGCGUUUGACCCCCGUCCCGGAAGAACCAACGUCAAUCAAACAAGUGAUUUGGAAAUCCCGGCCCCCGGAAGCUCCGCUGACAAUGGCCAUCCCAGUAGCAGUCAUUCUGAUCAUGCUCCUCUACCGCAGCCGUCCCUCGCACUUCUGCUCCGUGGCCCCAACAUAAACGGAGUGAGUGACGUGGAAAUCCCAUUAUCUCAGCCCGAUUGGACCAUAUUCCGAGCAGUGCAGGAACUGAUCCUCCAAACCAACAUGACCAAGCAGGACAAGUUCCGCAAAAUUUGGCAACCGACGUACACCAUCGUCUACCGGGAAGCCGCUUCAUCAGCUGGAAUCGGUUCCUGCCGUGGCGAAGACUUCAGCAGUGGAGAAGAAGGACGUGCCACUCCAGUGGUGUCCAUGUUUUCUCAGCGCAGUGGAGGAUCCACCCUGUCGCCUAGUUCCCCCAUCCCGGGAACACCGCUCAAUCCAACGGCCUCAACGCACUGCACCGUGGACGACGUCCUACAGCUUCUCGGCCAGCUGAGUGCCAUCAACCGAACCCUUACAUCGUCUCCCUCCAACAACGACAAGAACCUCAUGCCGGACAUGGAAUCCAACAACAAUCUCAACCCGGAUAUUUUCCUGAGCAAGAAAAUUACCAACAAACUGCAGCAGCAAAUACAAGACCCCCUAGUCCUUGCCAGUGGCAGCCUCCCGAAAUGGUGCGAAGACUUCAACCAGACGUGUCCGUUCCUGUUCCCCUUCGAAACGCGGCAGCUGUACUUCAACUGUACCGCCUUCGGUGCGUCGCGAAGUAUCGUGUGGCUCCAGUCGCAACGGGAUGUGAAUCUGGAACGGCAGCGGGCUCCCGGACUGAGCCCCCGGCAUGCCGACCAGCACGAGUUCCGCGUCGGAAGGCUGAAGCACGAGCGCGUCAAGGUUCCACGCGGGGAAAAUCUGCUCGAAUGGGCGCAACAGGUCAUGAAGAUCCACUGCAAUCGGAAGUCCGUGUUGGAAGUGGAGUUCGUCGGAGAGGAAGGUACCGGACUUGGUCCGACGUUGGAAUUCUACGCACUGGUGGCAGCGGAACUACAACGAAGUGAUCUGGGAAUGUGGUUGUGCGAUGAUGAGCCCAAGCUGAUCGAAGAUGAAAUCGAUCUCGGGGAAGGAAGCAAACCGAUUGGCUAUUACGUGCGACGGUCAACGGGACUGUUCCCGGCCCCGUUGCCUCAGGAAUCGGAAAUUUGCGACUUUGUAGCGAACUACUUCUGGUUCUUGGGAGUAUUUCUGGCGAAAGUGCUACAAGACGGCCGUCUAGUCGAUUUACCACUGUCCAACAGUUUCCUUCAGCUGCUGUGUAAUAACAAAUCCCUUGCCAGAGGCUCCCUAAGCGAUCUUUCUUCCAAGUCUGCCUUGCACGAUGAUGUGAUGAUUUCUUCUCUGAUGUCGGAAGAAAGCGAUCGUGAUCUGGUGGAUUCUUACCAGUCCAAAUUGGUUAAUGAUGGCUGUUGGUAUGAUGGAAUCCUGUCUCAAGAAAAUCUCCACGAAAUUGAUCCGAUUCGGUACGAAUUCCUCAAGGAACUGCAAGAAUUGGUGCAGCAGAAGCAAAAUAUCGAACAAAACGAUGAUCUCACCUCCGAGGAGAAACUACUGCAAAUCAGCGAGCUUAAAUUCAACACUAAAACGGGCAGUGUGGCUUUGGAGGACCUCGCGCUUACCUUUACCUACCUACCGAGUUCGAAGAACUACGGUUACCAAUCGGCAGAUCUGAUUCCAAACGGUUCCAACAUCGAUGUGACGAUCAACAACGUCGAAGAGUACUGCAAUCUUACGAUCAACUUCUGCCUGCAAGAAGGUAUUGCCAAACAGCUAACUGCGUUCCAUCGAGGCUUUUGUGAGGUAUUCCCGCUGAACAAGUUGGCCGCUUUUACGUCGGAAGAGAUUCGCAAGAUGCUGUGCGGCGAGCAGAACCCGGAGUGGACACGAGAGGAUAUUAUGACCUACACGGAACCGAAACUUGGAUACUCCAAGGAAAGUCCUGGAUUCUUGCGUUUCGUGAACGUGUUGAUGGGAAUGAGCGCCAGCGAAAGAAAAGCAUUUUUGCAGUUCACAACCGGCUGCAGCAGUUUGCCACCGGGCGGCCUGGCCAAUCUGCACCCUCGGUUAACGGUGGUCCGUAAGGUAGACGCCGGCGAAGGUUCCUACCCUUCGGUCAACACCUGUGUCCACUACCUCAAACUGCCGGACUAUCCGAAUGAGGAAAUCUUGCGAGAACGAUUGCUAACGGCAACAAAGGAGAAGGGAUUCCAUCUUAACUAAAAACCACUUUGAGCUAACGAUAUCCUACUUCACAAACAAACCCACAUACCGAUGAGCGUGGAUUAUGAUUAGUAAAAUAAACACAUAUUUUCUAGAUAAUGAACUCAUCUAUAAGGUAAACAUUAAAACUGUUUCAAACAAGGGAUACAAAAGAUUAAAAAAAAACAAUAAAUAUAUAAAGUAAAAAAUGACAGCUUUCCGAUUACUUAAAGUUAUCGAUACGUUGUGGUUUUAUGUUGUAAAACACUAAAAAUAAUGAGAACCAAUUUCUGCGAAGAAAAAACUACAAUAGAUAAGAUAAAUGCGAAAAAUAAAGCAUAAAUUUAAAACCAACACAUUUUAAGUUUGCUGUGAGUAGAAGAAAAUUAUACACCCCGCUUCAAAUAGAGACUUAGUUAACCAUACAACAGAUUAUCUAAAAAAAAUUCUUCAGCUUUUUCAGUAGUCAUAAUCCAAAAUCAUUUAUUGUAUAUACAUAAGAGAGGAUGAAGACCCGGUACUACUUGAGUAUGCUCAUAAAAGAAGCACUCAAGCCGUUAUAAGUGAUUGAUCAAAAAUUUACUUGUUUUCAGCACGAUAUUUUCAAAGCCUAACAAAAUUCGUAAUCCAAUACAUAUAUUUUUAGGACAAAUUUUGAGCCACCAUUGAACGAUUGCAAAAAAAAAAGUAAAUAACGAUUGAAACAAAUAUCUAUUGUCACAGAAAGUUUACACACAACGUUGAAACUCACAAAACUACACAAUAAAAUAGAAUCGAAAUUGAACGUAUACAUAUAGUAGACAUAUGAGUAUGUUUUACGUUGUAUCAUGAUGAUGAAAUCAAAAUUACCUUACGGCAAAGAAAACUAUAAAGCGGCUGAAAGGUUCUGCUACUACAUUAAGAGAAGAACUAAAAGUGCAGUCAUAUGAAAAUCACAUCAAUAACGAAUUUUAAAUUCACCACAAAUUAAACAGCAUGUUGACACAAA